GCUACCACCGCGGGCCCGGGCCGGGAGCGGCCAGCCGCGGGCCCGAGGCGCCGGGAGAGGAGGAGCCCCGACGUGCGGCACCCCCGCCCCGCCGCAGUGGUUCAGCCUCCUAACUUUCAUUCAUCAGAAGAGCAGACUCCGCGGGCCGCCGGUGAGUCAGAACCGCGGCCGACGACGCGGGCCCGGGAGAGCUGCAGCCCAGGGCAUGUUCCGAGACUUCGGGGAACCGGGACCGAGUUCCGGGGCCGGCGGCGCGUACGGCGGCCCCCCGCAGCCCCCCGCCGCUGCCCAGCAGAAGUUCCACCUGGGGCCGAGCGUCAACGCUGUGAGCGGAACCCAGGAACUUCAGUGGCUAGUGCAGCCUCACUUCCUGGGUCCCAGCACCUACCCCAGGCCUCUCACCUACCCCCACUUCAGCCCGCCACUGCCCCGGCCAGGAGUCAUCCGGGUGCUGGGGCCACCUCCAGGGGUGCGGCGGCGGCCCAGCGAACAGAUCAGCCCCGAGGAGGAGGAGCGUCGCCGAGUGAGGCGCGAGCGAAAUAAACUGGCCGCGGCCAAGUGCAGGAACCGAAGGAAGGAACUGACCGACUUCCUGCAGGCGGAGACCGACAAGCUGGAGGACGAGAAAUCCGUUCUGCAGCGAGAGAUCGAGGAGCUGCAGAAGCAGAAGGAGCGGCUGGAGCUCGUGCUGGAGGCGCACCGGCCCAUCUGCAAAAUCCCCGAGGGGCCCGAGCGCGACCCCGGCGGCCCCAGCAGCCCGCGGGGCCCCGCCCGGCCCGUGCCCUGCAUCUCCCUGUCCCCGGGCGCCGUGCUGGAGCCCGAAGCCCUGCACACCCCCACACUCAUGACCACACCCUCCCUGACUCCCUUCACCCCGAGUCUGGUCUUUACCUACCCCAGCACCCCCGAGCCCUGUGCCUCCGCCCACCGCAGGAGCAGCAGCAGCAGCGGGGACCCCUCCUCCGACCCCCUCGGCUCCCCCACCUUGCUAGCCUUAUGAUGCACCCCUGCCUUCACGACCGCGGGUGCCAUCCUGGCCAGUAUCUCCAGCCCCUUGGGGUCCAGCUGGCUGGACCCUUCCCAUCCUAGCCCCCCGGGGACUCUCCUUCCCUCCAGGACCCUGGGGCGCCUAUUCCGUUUCCUGCUAGAGCCCGCAGGGCCGGGGCUUUCUCUAGCACAGUUUGCACCAAACCUGAGACAGAACAUUUCCCGUGUGUGUGCCGAAGUCCCGGCAGCCCCAAGUGACUUUGUAGAUGCUUAGAGACUCUCUGAGGCCUGACCCCCUCCGAGCUACCCAUGGAGGGGCGGUCACCCUGUUCCCUGUGCCCUGCUCCGUCCUCCCCAACAGAAGGUGAUCCUCCACCAGCCCACAACACUAGCUCACCCCUUGCCCCGUCAGCAGCGCUCCGGGACCAACCCAGGCUGUUUCCCCCCCGCCGAGGCACCGCUCCGGAAGGGGAUUCAGUGGGAAGCUGGCUCCCAGCUCGGAGAAGCUCCAGGAAAUCCAAGUCCUGAGGACAGCUGCUAUUUAUUUUCCUAUAUAGAGUAUUUUUAUACAGACUUGCCAGAAUGGAAUAAAAGGCUUGAAGCUCUGUCCUCAGUCUCGUGGGACCCCAAGAUGCAGCGUGACCUUGGACCCAGGACUGGAGAUUUGGGGAUCUGCAUUGCUCCUCCGGGGCCAAGGAGCCAUCUAUACGGCCUCAUCCUCCACUUGGGAAGCUGAGGGCACGGUUAGGGCAAAGAGGAUUAGCCGCGGUGCCACAGGGCACUGCUCUGCCCCUUCCUGCUUCGGAGGAGGCGUCUGGGGGGGGGGCGUUCCAGGCCCCCAACACCUGCUUCCUGCCCCAUUGUCUUGGACAGGAAGGAGCCGGGAAAGGAGCCGCAGCCACUUGGGGGCCGGAUCAUGGCCUGUCCCAGGGCCCCGAGGGGGGUGGGGA